AUGUCUAGCCAAAAGCAAAUCGACCCCAAGAAGCAACAGGCCCUCGACACAGAGCUUCAGCUCCAGUACACGAACUUCAAGAACACCCUCCAACAGUUAGCAACCAAGAUUGGCGAAAUCGAACAGGAACAAGAGGAGCACAAGCUCGUUAUUCAAACAUUGGACCCCCUCGAGGCGGACCGCAAAUGUUUCCGCAUGGUGAACGGCGUUCUCGUUGAGCGCACCAUCAAGGACGUUCUUCCCACACUCAAGACCAACGAAGACGGGCUGAAGCAAGUGAUUGAGGACAUGCUGAAACAAUACAAGACAAAGCAGAAUGAGUUGGAUAACUGGAAGAAAAAGAACAACAUCCAAGUUGUGCAGCCCUAG